AUGAGGACUUUUAGCAUUGCUUGCACCACUUUCCUACUCCUGGCAUCUGGGCUAGACUGUGAUGCCUUUGCUCCCAACGGCCAACCAAGGACUGCCACGGAACAAUCCACUUGGUUGGCAGCAACGAGCCAGAACAACAGCAAGAAUGCUCCAUCUCGUCGAUCCCUCUUGUCAUCGAUUGCGGGAGGCACUUUGGCAGGACUCUCUUAUUGGGUGGCAUCCCCACCCGAAGCUUCGGCCAGAUUGGAGGCUGUGAACCGUCCCGAUUUGUUGCCGUCGGACAAGAACCUCAAUGUCAUUCAAGUGGAGAAAUUCUUAACGUCAGGACAAGCCAAGCGUCUUGAUACACUCUUGGCCAAUCUCGAAAAGGAAACUGGAUUCCGUGUGCGAGUGCUCUGUCAACGAUAUCCCAAUACACCUGGAUUGGCCAUUCGAGAUUACUGGGAUCUUGGAAAGGAGGGACAAAAAGACGACAAAUACAUUGUGCUGGUAGUGGACGAGUUUGGUGGAAAGGGGAAUGUCUUGAAUUUCAAUGUAGGUGACGGUGUCAAAUUUGCUCUUCCCAACGUCUUUUGGACUCGAUUGCAAGCCAAGUACGGAACCACAUUCUAUGUCAGAGACAAUGGCAUUGACUUGUCCAUCGUCAAUGCCAUUGAAGCUGUUGUUACUUGCCUCAGGUCAGAGGACGGCUUCUGCACCAGCGUCCCAGAUGAAGGGCUUAGCUUGAAGAGCCUUGGAAUGUCUUAG